AUGAUUGAGGGCAGCAUAUGCAAUUUAUGUCACUCCGAGGAAGAAACGUUGAAUCAUCUGUUCUUCUGCUGUCAAGAGACAAGAGACAUAUGGAAGGAAGUGUUCAAGUGGUUAAACAUCUAUCAUGAACCUCAACCAUGGGAUGCAGAGCUGGCUUGGAUCACUAAUAUAACAAAGGGAAAAGGAUGGAAAGUUGAUGUUUUGAAGACGUUAGUAGCUGAAACCAUCUAUAACAUCUGGGGAUAUCGAAAUAGUAUAACUUUUGGAAACAUUGUAGAUAAUACAAUCAUGGAUACUAAAAUCAUAGAUAAUGUGAUCUAUAGAGGGUGGCAAAACAUUAGGAUAAGAAAAUAUCUUGUUAGUUUUAUGAUGUAA